CAACGGCCGGCGCGGUUCCGCCUGAGGGCCCGCGGGGCACGGGCAGAGAGCCGGGAGCGACCCCGGGAGCGACACCCGCAGGGCCCGGAAGCUUGUAGUUGCCAGUUCUUCUGGAAGCAGGCCCGGCCAGUCAGCUGCGAUGAGCCAGGAGUUCUCAGCAGGACAGGAGUGACAUGUUCGCAGAGAGGAAGGCUGUAAACAGAUCUUCAAGGCCAAGUAGGUUUGAAGGAAUUCUACUUGUUGAGAUUGGGGUUCUUUGAAGGUGCACUCAGCCCCCCUUUUGAAUGAAGGAAAGAAGAAGACAAAGUCCUCUAAGAAGAGUAGAAAGCUCACUUUAAAUAAGCAUUCAGAAAUGUUUGCUGAUGCCAUGCCAUCACCGAGUAAUCAGCAGAAAUGUGUUGGGAAAACACCCAUCAGUGACUUCACAAAAACACCACAGUCAGACAGACAAUCUACACCUUUUCCAGAGACGUGGGGAAAUGUAGAUGCAAGUUCAGCUGAGAAAGUCAGAGGCCUGCCUGAUGUAGUUGUUCCUGAGGAAACGGGCAGCAGCGCAUGGAAGCACCUGGCAGAACGGCGGCAAAAGCGUCACGAUGGAGCCGUGACCGACAUGCAGCGGGAGCUGGACUGCAUUGGCAGGGAGAUGGAAGCCUCUGUUUGGAAUCUUCAAGAAUUCCUUCAGCUUGAAAUGAUGAAAUCAGAUGAAAAGAGUAAACUUCUGUUUGAAAAGAUUGCAUCUGACACGGCUUUGGAAGGUUUCUCAUUUGAGGAUUUGGAAGAACUCUGGAAUAUGAUCCACGAGGAAUCCUCAAACAGAAGGAAGUGGAUUAGGGCAGUGGAUGAAUCCCUAAAGGAGAUCGAAAGGAGUCGAGCCAUGAAAAUAGCAGAUGUACUGACCAAGUAUACUGUGAAACUGGAGGAAAUUUCCUUCUUCUUGGCAGCUGAUGUUCACAAGCUCAUUAAUGAUAAGGCCAUGAAUAUAAACAAAACGCUGCUGGGUAAUGAGAGGGCAACUGCCAAACUGCUCUUUAAUCUAAUGAAAUCAGAGCUUGAGAAAGAAAAAUUGCAUCAACUAAAAUGGCAAGAGAGAGUGAAGGACUGGAAGCUCAUCCAAAAGAACUGUGUAGUUCAGAGUUUCAGAGAAUUUAUGGCAAGUGAAGAAAUACAGAAUCCCCAAGCUGUGAAAAUGGAAAUGGAAAAUAUGAUAAAGGAGCAGAUUGUACUUAGUGAACAGAGAUUGAGUGUUUUGCAGCACAUUGGUGCCUUGUUGCCACCAACACAUACAAAAUCUGACUUAAAAGAAUGGUACAGAACUCUGGAGAAUUUAAACAAAAGGAUAGACACCCAUAAUGCAGAGUGUGUGGAGAAAAUCCAUGUGCAGUACAAGCUGGUCCAGGGCAAAUGUCAGGAAAAAGUGCAGACCUGCAAGAUGACCCUGUUGGAAAAGAACAUUUGCACAGUAGAAGAUGUUGAAGCUGUGCAUUCCAACAUGCUUCAGAUGACUGAGAAACUAAAACACGGGUUUGAAGAAGAACUGGAGCACAUGGAUAGGGAUUUUAAGGAGAUGGCUAAAUGGCAUGAGCAGCAUUGUCAAGGUUUGUACAGCUGUGUUCAGGAGGCCAUGGCUCUCUGGGAUGUCCAUCUGUCCAAACUGUCCCAGCAGGAAGAUGGACUUCAGAAGAAAGUAGAUGAAUACAGAUUGGAACAGGAUAACAUAAUACAGGUGCUGAAAGAUGAUCUGGAUACAAUUUUGGAAAAAAUGAAAAUGGCCAGCUGUGAAGAAGAGCUGGAGGAAUAUUUGGAGAAUGCCCUUUCUUCUUUAGAUCAAAUUAGAACUAGGAAUGAGACAUUCAAGCAGAUUGUAAUGAAUGAAGUAAUGGCUUAUCCAAAAGCUAUUUUGUGGGAGUUGAUUUCUUACAGUAUAUCCAUCAGCCAGCAUUUUAGUGUGAAGGAAAUCUUCAAACAGAACUUGCAAGGCACGACAGACUCCACAGUUCAAGAUCAAGGGCUCGAAGCAAGGAUGUCCCAGCCCAGAGCAGAGCAGGAUGAUCACCUCUCUCAGCUGGUGCCAGAAGAUAGGGACAGUUGUCAAAAAUCAGCUGGAGAAACAAACCUAACAGAGAAACAAGUGAUCUUGGCACAGGGAAUUGAAGAAACUGAGGAAGAAGAAGAUAAGGAGAGUAUUCCUCAUAAAAGUGAAGAACAUAAGCAUGCAGAACAGGGACUAAGCAUUACACAGGCAGGAAAGACUGACAUCACAGAGAGUUAUUUUACAAAAUAUGAAAAAGAAGAAGCACUUCCUAUGUACCUGAAAUAUGUACUUCUCACAGAAGCCAUGUUUGUCGAACUGAAAAAAAGGAUUCGCCUCUGCUUUUUUGAACACUUGGAGGAAUGGUUUGCAGAAUCCUUGUCCAACUCCUAUGUCUUUGUAGCUGCCAAGAAAGAGGAGCUGAAUUCAAUACUUCUGCUGCAUCUUAAGUUGCAUCAACAAAAGCAGGAGGAGAUACAGACAAAUAUCUACAAUGUUCGAGCUGCGGAGCUGUCACUUCACAAGGAGCACCUUGAGUGCCACUGUGCAGUGCUGGCAGAAAGCCUGGAAAAGGAGAAAGCUGAAUUCCUCAAAUUUUCAGACCAGCUAAAUAACCUCAACACAAACUUUCAUACCCGAGUCCGUAACUUGGAGUAUGACUUGCUCCACGCUCCUGUGACUGAGCAGUCAGCUUCUGCCAGCAAUAAUCUGGAAUCAGAGCUCUGCAACCAUCUGGAAACAAUCAGGAUUACUGUGACAAGUUACCAGCAGCACUUGGAAGAAGCUUUUGGAAAAUUAAGGGAUUUGAAUGUGGAUUUUCUCAAAAGUUGCAGAUUAUUUUCAGAGAGUGGUGACUUUGCAUCUGAGGAGGUUAAGUUUUUCAGCGAGUGUCUUCAGAAAGAAAGUAAGCAAAUUGACUCCUUUGAAAGUUCAAUCAAGACAGAUGUGGAGCAAAUAAAAUCUAGCUGCUUGGAGCGGGCUACUGAACUUUUCAAGCAGUCUGGAAAAAAGUUUGCUUCUCUGUCUCUGAGUCGAGCCUUUAUGGAGAAGGUCCAUCAAUAUUUGAGAAAGCUGCGACAGCAAAUCAAAUCAGAGGUAGCAAAUUCCAACUUGCAGUCAGUCACAUUGAAGUCUUACCUGGAAAAGCUUCAGCAGAAGAGAGAUGCUUAUAUUCAUUCUACUGCAGAUAAAGAAGUAACUUCUAAUCAGCAUGAAAUGGCUUUAACUUCUGAAGAGUUGUAUGCUUUUGCCAGAGAGGUGUUGGAAGAGCUGAAAAAGAGGAGCAAAUAUCUUGACUGCUUUGUAGUAAAAGCAAAGAUCCCAGAGGCCACUGAGGCCUUCACCACCCCUGACACAGAUGGGACAUUGCAAGAGCACCCAGCUGCUCCUGCCACGGAUCGGAGGUCACAAGAUUUCAUUGCUCCUGCUGUUCCAAGAGACAGUCUCAGAGAUGAGAGCAAAAGGAUGGUGAUGGGACUGGAUGCUGACAAAUUCCCUUUGUUAAAUCCAAGUGGAAUGGGUACAUCGAUAUUUGAUGAUUUGGCAAUAAAAGUUAUUGGAAAUUUAGCUGGAUUUGACCCAUCAAAAAAAUACCAAGACCUAAAUCGGGUGAAAAAGAAUCCAGCCAAGAAGAAAGUAUCUGAUGCACAAUCUCAGAAGUCUACCAGCAAGAGGUCAUCUCGGGAUGAAACCAAGAGAAAAAAAAGUGAAAAAGGCAGAAAAUCUCUUACCAAGGAUGAGAGAUUCCAGAUAUUUGGAAAGAAGGCUAUGAAUUCUGAUACUUUUAAAGGGAUUAUUAUGAAUAUUCUCUGGAAUGGUAACAGCACCUUGCUCUGCCUUGGUGAGGAGUUCUAUGGAGACAAGAAGAAUCCUUACUUGGGAAUGCUUGAAGAUCUGCCAGAUACAUUUGAACAUUUGGCAGAAAUGCUCAGAGUGAAACUACUGUCAUACCAAAGGCAGACAGAUGAUUACUAUGAUUUCUGUCUCAGAGAAUUUCGGGAUCAGCUGAAGUGGUUUGAGGAGGAGCUCUCUUCUGUUUCCCAACUGGUCGUGGAAAGUCUUUUAAAAGAGCAUGAGCAGAAACUCAGCUCUUUUACUGGUCAUAUUCAGCAUCUCUUCAACAGACAGCUGAAAGAUUGGGAGGAUGUGAAGACCAUGCACCGGAGAAAAUUGCAUUACUCCCUAGGACACCCAAAUAACUCCCUUCAGCUGGAGGCUUUGUGCCAAGAGGAGAUAAAAAGGCAAAAAGAUCAAACUGAUGGUGUUCACCUCAACACAAAGAUGCUGCAGGAUUGUGCUGCUGAGUGUGCUCAGAGCUUUUUUUCUGCACUGGCUGCCCUCACUGAAAAGCUCCUGUUGGAACUAGAUGAAACCAUCACUGUUGAUGAUGUAAAAGUAGCAGGAACUGAAAUACCCACUGAGAAGAUGCCAACUUUAAUGUGCCGUAAACAAUCUGAACUUCCUCUAGGAACCUCCAAAGUUCAACAGUUAGUCAAACGAGGAAGGAGGUCUUGGCCAGGAAUACCCGAGACUACUGUUCCUGACACUCCAGACUAUACUCUGUGCAGAGGAACUGCAUCAGUUUCAACAGCUAAGACUACCCUGGGCCAUCUGGCAGUGGUGGAUGCAAGACAAGCUGCGUAUAAGAAAUACAAAAGUAAAGUUGAACAGCUGUUUGCCCAGAUCAAGGAAGAAAGUGCAGCUCAGCUGCUGGCAAUUCAGCGUUGGAGUGAUUGGUGGCAAGAAUCUGUCCGGAAGAUAAAGAGACUCUACAUCUGAGAUCAGGCAAAUUUUGCUGAGCUUUGCUGGUAUCAGAGAGGACAAUUGAUGGGAGAUGAACUGGCCAGGAACAAGUGGGAAGGCAAGGGGCUGCUCCAUGCCAGCCCCAGGCCUCAGAAAAACCCAGGGAACAAGAGAAAGAACACCAAAUCCACCAGCUUCAUCUGCUGUGAAGAGGAAACUCACCCAAGAUAUUUACCAGAUUCUCACCUGUUUUACCCAAGCUGCUGCAUGAACCCUUUGGGAUUUUUUCCAUUCCCUGAGACAGGGACACCACAAUUUUUGUUCUCCCCAUCACAUUGUGGCCAACAUUGUGGUUUUUUUUUUUUUCUUUCCCUGGCAUUUGGUUUUCCUUUUGUUCCAGUGUGGGUGUGUGUAUGGGGGAAGGGGAGGAUAAGCUCUGACAAUUCAAUAUUCAGCAUUUAUUCUGUUUUUGUCCCCUGUGCUGUGCUGUGCUGUGUGGGCCCUCUGUCAAGGCCCCUGGACAUGAACGCCGGCCCUUUUUCCUGUAAAACAAAACUCACCCCACCCAUGUGUUGAUGCCAGUAUGGAAGAGGUGUUUGGCACUGCCAGGGCAGCCCGAGUUGUAGGCAGUAGCAGGUUGUGUGUGUGGUACGGGGUAGGUCACAAAUCACUGUUGCCUCAUUUUCUAUUUGUGAGCUACCAUGAACUAAUAUUUUCUAUAAAGUAACCGCUUUGCCUCUAUUCCAAACUUGCUUUUUUGCUGCCAAUUAUUAUUCCCAGCUGUGUGUAGUGUUUUAUCACCUUAUUGAAUUACAUCCUCUUUAGUUCAGUUAUUUGUUCCCACUCAUCAUGAUUUGUUCAAUUCCAAUUAGAUCUUCCAAAAUUAUUUCAGUGCUCACCUGGACAGGAUAUCCUCCACAAAUAUGAGAAAAAGAUUCCAUAUCCUAUUCCCUCACAGAAGCUGUUCAGGACUGGGAAUGGAAGCAUCUGGAGGACUAACUGCAAAAUUAACUUGAUACUACUUCUGAGUGCCAUUUUCUAAGCAUUUCAACCAAGUUUUGUAUAGCCAAUGCUGAUCCUGCUUAGGAGACUAUUAGCUGAUAUCUGUCAGCUAAUUGUCAGAAGCCUUGCUGCAGUCAAGAGUCCAUAAUUUGGUUUUGAGAUGUUAUUGUUGAUUGUUAUUCAUCUUAUCAUCCAAGGCCUUAUAAAUAAUUUGCUUAAUAAUUUCUUCCAGUAAUUUGGAAGAUACAAAAUUGUGUCUGAUACAAAAUAAAGCUGAUUGGCCUCUGAUUCUCAUCCUUUUCUGCUUUAUGGUAGGCACUGUUUGCUUUUUGCUGAUCUGAUGGAACCUCAGUAUUUUUUCUGAGUUCUUGAAGGGAAUUGCUAAUGGUCUUCAGAUUACUUAACCAUUUUUCUAAAUGUUUUGUCUA